GAUGCCUUAGCUUUCACAUAACUCUGCUGUGAUUCAUCGGUGGGUAGCAUUUUUAAAGGGCUACUGAGAUCUGCCACUCUCUUUCUCCUUUCUGGAUCCAUUUCGAGCUUGUUCUUCAGUUCUUAGGGAGAAGGGUGUAGUGAGCUCAGAGUUGGAAAGAUGGCGAGCGGCGGUGGAUAUGGGGAUGCCAAUCAGAAGAUAGAUUAUGUGUUCAAAGUCGUGUUGAUCGGGGACUCUGCGGUGGGGAAAUCUCAGAUUUUGGCGCGGUUUGCCCGAAACGAGUUCAGCUUGGACUCCAAGGCCACUAUCGGCGUCGAGUUUCAGACUAGGACACUCGUUAUUCAGCAUAAGAGUGUUAAAGCUCAGAUCUGGGAUACUGCGGGCCAGGAAAGAUACAGAGCAGUUACAAGUGCAUAUUACAGAGGAGCUCUUGGGGCAAUGCUUGUCUACGAUAUUACGAAACGCCAAACCUUUGAUCACAUACCUCGGUGGCUCGAGGAGUUGCGGAGCCAUGCUGACAAGAACAUCGUUAUAAUCUUAAUAGGAAACAAAAGCGAUCUGGAAGACCAGCGCGCUGUCUCCACUGAGGACGCCAAGGAAUUCGCCGAGAAAGAAGGUUUGUUUUUCUUGGAGACCUCCGCACUGGAAUCAACAAACGUGGAGAGUGCCUUCAUGACUAUUCUAACUGAGAUCUUCAACAUCAUGAACAAAAAGAACUUGGCUGCUGGUGAAACUCAAGGCAAUGGCAACUCUGCAUCACUUGCCGGUGGUAAGAAGAUCAUAAUCCCGGGCCCAGCGCAAGAAAUCCCGGCUAAGAGCAAGAUGUGCUGUACUUCCACAUGAUUUGUUUGGAGUUAGGCUCAAAUGGGGCGAUCUAGGUUGGUGCAUUCCUUGAUUAUAGCAAUUUUUUUUUACUGGUGUGAUGUUUUUCUGAGGUCAUUUGUAUAUUUUGUUGUAUGCUUUAGUCUGCUAGAGUUAGCAGCUGGAGUUUAUAUAUACUUUGAAGGACGACAAAUGAGGCUCUCAUUUACCUUUUUUUUCAAAAUAGAAGCUGUCUUUAUUUACGGGAAUAUGAGAAAAUCUGAAGUUAACAUCAUGUGAUUGUGCGUACUAUAAAAACUUACUAUUUGUUGUCUUGAGAAGGUUGUUCUAAGGUUGGUUGACAUAUCAAUAAUAUGAAUCUACGAGUGCUUGGAACA